CUAAGUCGGACCUACAGAUUAGAUUGGCAAAUACAAAGAGCAACGAAACAGGGAGAGUUGAAAUAUUUCAUCCUUCCUUUGGCUGGGGAACUGUCUGUGAUCGCGGAUGGGAUGAUACCGACAGUCGCGUUGUCUGUCGUCAGUUGGGUUUCAGUGGAGUGA